AUGCAGCCCAUUCCAAGAACGCGCCGCACGGCGCAAAACACGCAGUACACUUAUACUCUCGACUACCGAGUACACGACGUAAAGACCUAUCCUGUCCAAUCGCCCCAGGGAGCCUCGGUGCUCAUCUACGGCCACGACAAUGGAAUCACGUUGCUUUGGCGCGGCGGCCAGCGGCUCAAGGCCCCAAAGCCAAGCACAGAGGGCCACAACGGCUCGAGCUCCCAGGAUGCCGUCAUGAUACUAGACUCUGAUGAUGAUGACCCCAGCCCCUCCGCACCCACCGUGUUUGUUGACAAGCCCGAGUUCGAGAACCCCGCUGCACCUUCAUCCCCCCUCCCCGAAAUCACACAAACACUCGACCUGGCAUUUGGAACCGCUAUCCUACAAAUCGCCGUCCUUCCCAUGUCCCCCUGCGGCGCCGAAGAUGCCGCCUGGAACGGUGCAGAGAUCCUCAAAACCAAGCUUGUCUUCGCCGUGACGUGUGCCACUAAUGACACCUACGUCGUCACGCUGCCCCUCACUCCCCCUUCACACGAGAGCAAGCUCAGGCCAGAGCUCAGGCAGGGUCUACUGGCCGGUAGCGCAGGAAAGGGCCUGUGGGGAGAGACAUUGACCCUGCUGGGAGGACAAGCUCGGCCUUCAGAAGGUAUCGCCAUGACCUUGGUGAAACAAAAGCCUGGAUCGCGCAGUAGGUCCCUGGAACGUGCAGCAGCAUCAAAGGGCCCAGUCACCCGUGCCAUCGUAUCGGCAUACUCUCGCGAGGCGAGUGGCACACUGCGGUUUUGGGACGUGACGUUGGACUCAACGCCUGGCCACGUCGCCCACGUCGACCCAUUCCAGACAGAGUAUCUCCCUUCGCCUCUGGCCAGCAUCUCCUUCAACCCGUUGAAUGUUACUCAGCUUCUCACAAUUGCCUCACCCCACGCCGUGCGCAUCUACGACUACUCUAUCCCCUCACUUCCUUCUGACGACACCUCCGAAGGCCCAUUCCCGACCCAGGGCUCCUGGCUGGUCUCCCUCUAUCCCCCCUUCACCCGCGGCUCAGCCAUGUCGACUGCCCGGAAGCCAAUCAUCGCGGCUGACUGGAUCGCCCAUGGCCGCGCGAUCCUCACGCUGCUUGCGGAUGGGCAAUGGGGAAUCUGGGAUAUCAAUGGUGGGGGUCCGACCAGUAGCUCCGGCUCUGGCGGCAGUCUUUUCAGCAAAGCAGGCGCGGGCCUUCGCGGCUCGGCAAUCACGUCCUUCAGCGUCUCUGGCCACAUGGAGGGAACCAGCCCAUUGCGGAACCCCGCAGCCCAGAAUGCGGCGCCAAGCUCUGGCGAGUUCGUUCCUAUGACGCCCCACACAAGACGAGAUGCCAUCGCCGCCUCCAUGAUUGGCGGCUCGGAGAAGCUCGCGGCCGUUCGAGGCGGCAUCCAUGUCGCCAAACUUGCUCCGAGACGAGGUGCUGAACCCGGCGACGAAAGCGCCAUCCUCUGGUUAGGCGGCGCAGACCCCAUCGUCUCCGUCAUUCCGGUGAUUUCUCGCUUUUGGGAUGCACAACUGCGUCGCGCUGGUGGCGGCGGAGUAAAUCUCUGGAGCGGCGCUCAGCCCACCCGCAUGAUUCGUCUUGCGGACCUUAGUGUAGGACUACUAGGCGAGCGGUGCACGGGUGCUAUUGCUAUCCCCAAGCAAAGCCGCAGUGUGUUCGGAACUAAGCGGCCGAGUUCGCCCGGAGAAAACGGGACACCAAGCCCAGAAGGGCUGCCAGUCGAAGUACUCGUCCAGGGCGAGAGCCGCAUUGUCGUCGUGCACGAGAGCGAAGAAGCCACAUCCUCACUCACCAGUCGCCUCGUCGGCGCCCGCAAAAAGACACGGCCCGACAAUGGCACGGCCAAGGCAAUUCUUGCAUUCCCAAGACCCGAAAAGCCCAACAGUGUUGCAUUCAACCUCAGCGUGUCCCGAGCCGGCGCCGGGCUGCUGCGGCAACGGCCACGAGGAUCCGCCAAAGGCCUGUUUGGUGAUGUCGACGAGCCAGUGGACAUCCGUCCUUCAACCGAGGCUCCCGAUGCAGAGGGGCAAGCACCCAACCGGCCGCGUGAUGCCGGACUAAUGUUCAUAAACGACCUAAACUUUGCAGCCGACGUACCAGACGACGAGUCCGAGGCAGCAGAACGCGAUAUUGAGCAAGAGAUGAGGGACAUUAUGGAAAUCGACCGCGAGCUGGAGCAGAUGGAGAGCGACCGCGAGCGCGGAACGAAGCGUGUUUUCUUUGAAGAGGGAUAG